UCAGAGUGGCAAAUAAAUAUGAAUUGUAGAAAAUGUUAGACAUUGCAAGAGUUUCUAAUUCAAAUAUCAAAUAUGAGAAAUUUAGGAUUAUGUAAAUACAUAAAGUUAUUUUAUUUUGAAAUAUCAGAAUUCACUGAAUAAAUGAAGAGGUUUUUAAUGAACAUCGCUGUUAUCUAUUUCAUUGUAGUGUGUUGCAUCAUGUCAAAGAAGACGAAGGCUAAAUUUUAAUUAUUGACUAGAUAUUAUAAAAAACGUUUCAGAAUGGUUAUACUGAAUGUGAAAAGGAAGACGUGUUCAGUUUAUGGACAAAACAUUUACAAAAUUACAGUUACCUUGUUUGUAGGACUUUGUGUUGCAGUCAUGAUUUCUACAUUCACUUUACAAUUGUCAAUAAAAGACGAUAGCCGUUCUAAACUAUUGACAGAUAUCUGCAAUGAUGUAGAAAAUGAAGAUACAUUGAAUUAUAAUACAAAUAACACAAGCAGCAGACGACAAAGUAAUUGCAUUUCGUGUUUUCAACACAACUUUAAUUUUGUGAUACAAAAUGAUAGAAUAUGCAAACUGUAUUCUCCUAAUCAAUCAGUGGAAUUAAUUGUACUCAUAAUGACAACCCAUAAUAACAAGAACGAAAGAAUGGCAUUACGUACCACCUGGUUGUCAUACACUAAAAACAACACAGUCAAUGUCAGAUAUGCAUUUCUUUUAGGUGAAAUUAAUGAUAAUACACAUAAAGAAGCUGUUCUGAAAGAAAACAGUGUAUACCAUGAUAUCAUCAAGGAAGAUUUUAUUGAUAAAUACAUGAAUUUAACUUACAAAACUAUUAUGGGAUUUAAAUGGGCAUCCACAAAGUGUUCACAUGUACAUUACGUUAUGAAAACUGAUGACGACAUGUUUGUCAACAUUAAAAAUGUUCUGAAUAUUUGCAAGGGUAAUCACAGUGAAACCUUACAAAAAUCAAUCUUAGGGGAUUGUCACAUAAAAGCAUGCCCUGUACGAGACCAGAACUCAAAGUGGUUUGCUUCAGUAGAUAGUUAUCCUAAGAAAUCAUAUCCCGGUUAUUGUUCCGGGACAGGUUAUGUGACCAGCAUGCAUGUAGCGAAAGAAAUUCAUAAAAUUUCGCCAAAUGUUCCCUUCUUCCACCUAGAGGAUAUCUAUGUAUCACUGUGUAUAGAAAGAUUAGGCUUUAAUCUUCAGCCAUUCUCUGGAUUCAAUGCUGGUCGACCAAGCAUGGAUCCAUGCGACUAUAAAGGAGAAAAAUUGAUAACAGUUCAUCAGGUGUCACCCGAAAUGUUGAAGACAAUAUGGAAUGGAAAGUGUGUGCUAAAAUGACAAGGAAAUUUGAUAGGCACUGUUUGAAAUUACGUUUACUUUUGUAUUCUUUCGAGAUAAGCACAUGUAUUAUUAUUUUGUUAAUGUGUUUAUAUUUUUGAAAUCUUAUUAUCUUUCUACCCCGUCUUACGGUUACUGACUUUGGAACUGUUUUAAUAUUUUGUGAUAUUAGUUAAUUGUACAGCAAUGUGACAUUUGAAACAGUUACGCUGUGAAUUCUUCUUACUGGAAGGCAUGAUACUAGAGCAGUCGUUUGUACCGCAAACGCCAAUCAAAACAUUUAAACAUUACAUUUUUCUUACUGAAAUGCAUGUUAGAGCAGUCGUUACUUGUUUGUACCGCAAAGCGCCAUUCAAAACAUCUACACAUUGAAUUCUUCUUACUGAAAGACAUAAUGCUAUAACAGUCGUUAGCUGUCUAUACCGCAAAGCGCCAUUCAAAACAUUUACAUAUUGAAUUCUUCUAACUGAAAGGCAUAAUGCUAUAGCAGUCGUUAGUUGUUUAUACCGCAAAGCGCCAUUCAAAACAUUUACAUAUUGAUUUUUUGUUACUGAAAGACAUAAUGCUAUAGCAGUCGUUAGCUGUUUAUACCAAAACGUAUCAUUCGAAGAAUUUACAAAUUCAUUUGUACUGACUGAAAGGAAUAAUAAUAAGUUUGUACCACAACGUGCCAUUUAGAACAAUUGAAUGCAAAUAAAUGCAUAGCCCAAAAGUUAUGGCACUGGCUUAACAAACUUGCUUUCCGAGGUUUGAGCCUUGCUAAGUUCACAUUUUGUAAUUUAAUUAAUCGUUUGUUUUAAUAAACAUUGCAGGGAAAAUAGUCCAGUUCGCUGAAUCGGUAAGUUAAUGAUGUGUUAGCUAGUCAAAAAUGCUUGCCUGUUGGUCUUAGUUAAUGGCUUCAACACGCUAGAAAUAUAGUGAUGAGAAUUCAAAUAAUGGCUUAUAGAUCAAACAUUAUUAUUAGAAUAUAGAAAAUGGUUUUUAAACAGAGUCUUCAAAUACUCUUGACUAAAAUAAGAUAAAAAUAACGUAUACUAGAGAAAAAAUACGGGCGUAAUCUGGGCUUAAACUAGCGCCUCACGGUUUGUAAUCAUUACGCUUAAACAGAGGUUGUUAUUAUACUUUUCUGUUGCAUUCUAUGCUUCCAAGGGAUCUUUUUACAGAUUUAAAUAACUCGGCAAAAAUAUCUAUGAAAACACAUUUUACCCGAAAGGCAAAGAAAGCCAUGUAUUAGUUUUCGUGUAAAGUAUAUUAUUUAUAUGCAAUCUGCUCCCCCAAAGUUGUUAACAGAUUAAGUAUGUAGUCAAAAGUGAAUUGCAAAUUUAUACUAAAAUAUUUAUUUUCAUACCUCAAUUUCUACCUUCAAGGAAUUGUAAAUUUUAUGAAUAUUGAAGAGUUUAUAGUUGUUUUCUCUCUGUGAGGCGCAAUGAACUAUCGUUUUACGAUCGAUUCUCGUUUAACGAUGAGCACCAUGAUACGAACUUCCUUCACGUUUCUCGUAUUUACACCAUAACCGUUUUCUAAGCAGUUUGGGAACAGAUAACGGCUACUUUUUCAAAAUUAUUGGAAGUUUCAUUUUAAUAACACAGCAAUUCAUGGGUGACAUAAUGUUCAGUUCAAAUCCGCUUUUGCUGAGUCUAUCGCAGUUCUGCGUCUUAGAUUCUAAUACUUGACUUAUAUACUCUUUAAACAUAUAUUUGACACUUCUUCAGAUAUGGAAGGUACGUGUUUUUUUAUAUAUUUAGAGAGAAAAAAUAAUAAUAACAUAUUGAAAAAUAUAGUAACUAUGGCCAAGCAGGAUACAUUUUGCAUGUAAAUAUUAUACAUAAAGCGACAAAUGCUACACAAAUUCUUACCAUUCAUGAACCGAGUCUGCUUUUGUUCUACUUUGUUGGAUUCUAUGCUUCUAAAGAAUGUUUUGCAUAUUUUAUUUUCUAUCAUUACAGCAACUUUAAGUACCGUAUAAAAGUUGUUCUAGUCUCCCCGUACUUUGAUUCAGUGUUUUUAUAUUUCAAAGUUCUUUGUGGUCAUGAUAUCCAUUUAACAGAUGUAUAAUACAGUUCCACUUAAGCCGGAGUAAGAACACGUGGGAGCUGUUGCACAUUUCAUUUCCUCUCAUGAACAUACUAAGUUGAGCCGUGUCUGCUAUUAUUCUGCUUAGUUGUAAGAUAUGCUUCAGAAGCCCUUUUUAUAAAUUUUAUCAAAAUUUGAAAGAGUUCAAACAUGAAUUUUUAUAUAGGUCCUUUUUUUAACUUUAUUAAAUAGCCAAUUCUUAAAAUAGUGUCUACAUGUAGAUCUGCAAUAUAAUGCUUAAUAACCAUUUGUUUUCAUAAUGCUACUGUUUGUACCAAAGUAAACAUUUUGAAUCAUUUUUAGAGAAAUAACGGAAAUCGUGUUCCUGGCUGGUCACAUGUCAAAUUACCCCACCCAAUUUAAAUGUGAAUAUUUAUAAAAGUAAAUCAAAACUGGUAACAGUAACACUUGUAAAUGACACUUUAUACAUGUUGAUAUAUUACCAUAAAGUAUAAAUUAAAAAAUGCGCAGACACCUAACGGGGAAUUCGCUUUCUAACAUGGCCGCAAUAAAAUAUCUUAA